AGGAUGGACGACAGCGAGACGUGCAUCAAUGUGCCGCUCGAUAAACCGGUGUCACGGUCUUCAUCGAGAAGUGAGUGGGGCAGAGACGGAGACAGUCAGACUUCCACCGACUCAGAGUCGAUCUUUGGGAAAGACGAAUCCCUCAUCGAUGAGGCUGAGGAUCCUCCCAUUGCCCCGGGACACGGCGAGCUGCGAGUCACUGCACAGACAGACUCUCAGACCUCUACCGACACAGAGCUGAACAUUGGGAAAGAUGAACCCCUCGUCCAUGAGGGUGAGGAUCCUCCCAUUGCCUCGGGACCCGGCGAGCUGCGACUCACUGCACAGACAGACCGUCAGACCUCCACCGACACAGAGCUGAACUUUGGGAUAGAUGAACCUCUCAGCGAUGAGCGUGAGGACCCUCCAAUUGCCUCGGGACACGGCGAGAUGCGAGUCGCUGUACAGACAGCUGCGCAUGAACAACAGUCGAAAGUGAAGAUCGGAAAUAGACCGUACCGUCUGAUCUGCCUACUCUGCCUAGUUACAUCCGCCCUCAUCGUGAUAGUGGUCGGACUCUCGAUCCAUGGAAUGCACAGCGAUCUCCGUCACCAGUUCACUGAGAUGGAAACGAAGUACAGAUCUGUCAACGAAACCAAGGCUCAAAUCUGUGAAUUGUUGACCAGCAGAAGAGAGCAAACGUGUUCCAAGGACUGGAUGAAAAAUAAAGACCGGUGUUAUUACGUAUCCACGUUUGAAGCAUCUUUCCGCCAAGCGAUGGAAGAAUGUUCAAACCGUGACUCAAGGCUGCUGGAAAUCAAUUCAAGGGAUGAAGCGAGCUUUGCAUCCAACAAACUGUUGUACCGAAACAUUGCACUCUGGAUUGGAAAAUGCGAAAACGGGACUGUGGGCAUGACCCUCUUGUACAAUGUGUCCCCGUGGACGUCCAACUGCAGAGACUGCGAGGCGUACUUAGGGAGUUACCCUUGUGAUAGAGAUCGGCGUUUCAUCUGCGAGAAGUCGGCACCUUUGUUCCCGGAUAUUCCUGAAGAGAUCCAGGGUCUCUGCCAACAGCCAGAGGAGGCGACGUGAAUGAAGUGACUACUCCCAUUUUUCCCUUCUCUCUCUAUCACUCUCACUUCUAAAUCAUUUCUAAAUUUGCUCCCUACCCUCUCUGCCCCACCCUCCUACUCCAUUUCCUCUUAUCGCAAGCAGAUUCUCUACACCAGACACCGACAAACCCGUCCCGCCGUCUAUCCCUUUCUUUCUCGCCAUUCCCACCGUCCCGCUCUUCCAAGCUCUGUCUACCUUUCUCUCUGCCCCGUCACCUCCUCAAAUUUCCUCUAACUUACUUAACUUACUCAACCCACUCUUUCUCUGCAUCCUCCGCAGAUCUGUUACACCUCUCUCCCCUUCCCUCCCCAGGGACUCUGUACCUCCCCUCCCCGUUCUCCCGUUCUCUCUCUAAGCCCUCUGACUCCCUGAUCUCUCUCUCUCUCUCUCUCUCUCUCUCUCUCUCUCUGCUUUCCAUCCACUUUCAAAUCAAUCCUGUGCCGUCUGGUGCUCAACAGCCCAACCCUGUGGAAAAGCUUAUGCCUAUUCUCUCUGCCUGUGCCCCACUUGGGUUUAUGGAAAUCUGUAAAUUUACAACUACUCUCCGGGGACUAAAGCCCCAACUUUCCCUCGCUCCCACCAUAGCUCAGUGCUCCGAGUUUCGGCCACAUCCCCUAGAACUCACUGUACAAUAUAUCCAGUUCAGCGGCAUUUUCACCUACGUCUUGUCCCACGGCAACGUGACCUCCAGACUCCUGGACUCAGUGUGACUGGUGAAGACCAGCGGGCAAAGUAUCCUGUCCACCCCAUCGGAUGUUUUCGACAAGAAUCGCUAUUUCAAUUAUUAUCUGAAACUCAUAAAACCUGGAAUUUGUUGCUUUGCCGUAUCGAUACGGCGCAAAGAUGUAGGAUCAAUGUAAAUUACCAAAAAAAAAAGAUAAUAAAAAAUCGGUAAAAUGUGGAGGCGUUGAACAUGCGUUCGAAAACGUGGUGCUGAAGGGGAAGAAGGUGUCUCUGAACAGUUGGGAGCUCAGGCUUUUGUACCCAUUCCCCGAUGGUGUAUUGACAAGGGAGCCUGUCCCCGGAUGAGGUGCCUCCCUGAUGGAUGCCCCCUUCUCGAGGCAUCGCCUCUUGAAGAUAUCCUCGAUGCUGGGGAAGGUGGUGCCCUUGACGCUGGUUGAGUCUACACCCCUCUGCAGCCUCCGGUGACCCUGUCCCUUGCGGCCUCCACACCAGGCGGCGAUGCUCCAAGUCAGAAUGCUCCCAAAUGUCCAUCUGCAGACAUUUCCUUGUCUUCAGUGAAGGGCCAAAUCUUCUCAGACUCCUGACGUUGUCACACUUUCUGUAAUGGGAGAGGUAUGCGUGGCGUUGACGGCAAGUGUAGAGAAUGGUCCGGAAUACUCUCAGACUUCGCGAAAUAAACAAAACGACAAUGACGAAAAUCAAAGAUUAGAUCACAAUCUGCAGCAUUAGAAAAGAUAAUACAGCACGAGCCCUUUAAUUCUGCCGGACAAUCAUUGGCGCUCAGAAGCUUAAAGGGAAAGUGACAGCUAACCAUGCUCCGGGUAAUGGAGGUUCCGAAUCCCGGAUGCCUGCCGAUGAAGACACUUUCUUCCUGUUUACAUGCCCAGUGUAGAUCCUCUGAGAUGCUGACACCCAGAAACACAGGAACUUCAAAUAUGAUCAUAGGAUAGAGAGGCAGAAUUAAGCUCUUUGGCAAAUCGGGUCUACUCCGUCAUUUCAUGAUGGUCGAUCCAUUUCCCUCUCAGCCCCUGUCUCCCGCCGUCUCCCUGUAUCCCUACAUGGCCUGACUAAUCAAGAGUCUCUCAGCCUCUCCCUUAAACAUCAGGUCGUAUCAUUCGCAGCCUGCUGUGGCAACAGAUUUCAUAGGUUCAUCCCAGAAAGGCAAACGAAAUUCUCCUCAUCGGCGUUUUAAAAUGACGGUCCGCUAUUCCAGGUGGGCCUACUGGCCUUAGACUCUCCCACCAUAGGGAAACUUUUCUCCACGUUGAUUUUAUCGAGGACUUCAAGCAUUUGAUCGGUUUCAACAACACCAACCACCACCCUCCCACCUCCCACGACCCCACCAUUCUUCAGAUCUCCAGCCAUAAAACGCCCCAGAUUAAUUAAUCUGUUCAAUCCCGGAAUCAUUUCCGUGAACUUCCUUUCAACACUCUCCAAUUCAAACACAUCCGGCCGGAUGAGGUAAAGGACCCGGAACUGCUGACAAUCUUCGUUGAGACCUCACCAGUGCUUUAUAAAGCCUCAACGUUACACCCCUGCUGUUCUAUUCUAAUAUUCUCGACCUGAAUGUGACAUUGCAUUUGGCUUCCUCGCCACCGACUCCGCCUGCAAAUUCAUCUUCAGGGAAUACAGCACAAGGACUCCCAAGUCUGUUUGUACCUCAAGUGUUUGAAUUCUCUCCCCGUUUAUAAAACAGUCUGUGCCUUUAUUCCCUCCACCAAAGUGCAUGACCAUACACAUCCCGACGCUGUGAUCCAUCCGCCCCUUCUUUCCCCAUUCUCUCAAUCUCUCUGGAACAUUCUGUAGCCUCUCUGCUUCCUCAGCACUAUCCGUAGAUCGGGGAUUUCGCUGCCGAUCUGCACUGACUGAGUUUUCCCAAUGAGGAGGACAGCUGCCCGGUGUUGUAUUGUCCAAGUGGCCCAGUGACCAGUGGGGAGCGAACAGGGUCGUAUCGGAUGUAGACCUAUUGUGCUCAUCGUCAGGGUGCAGCGCGUCCACGUCCGUGCUGGAGCAGAGGAUAACUCUGGGUGUGACCCGACUCUCAAAGCGCAUAAUCACAGCAUUGUGAGUGACACUGGCCGAGUGUAGUUGAGGAAGCUCACCCUACUCUUCUCGGGCAUGGUGUCACUUUCCGCAUUUUCAAGUAGGGGGUAAAUUCCGUCUGCAACAGUGUAAGAUUGAAGAUAUCCUCGGCAACUCCAGACCACUCUGCAGUCCUACCCAUCUCCGCCACCUUGUCCCUCAUCUACACCCCUCCCCAUCUCCGUCACCUUAUCCCUCAUCUACACCCCUCUCCAUCUCCGUCACCUUGUCCCACAUCUACACCCCUCCCCGUCUCCGCCACC